AUGAAACCCGAUACCCAAAGUUCGCCAACGGGGCCGAAUGAAGUUUCAGGACACAAGUAUGCGACUAUCGCUGACAGGACCCCUCCCGCACCCGACGCGAAUUUGUCAAAAAGCCAAGACUUUUCCGCCCGAGGAGUCAGGACUUCGGCGUCGCCCUUUGUUCCCAGGGCUUCAGGACAACACCAAAAUGCCACUUCAAUCGCCGUGACUCCAGUACAAUCGUCGUUACCGGAUCAGGCGCACAUAAGUGUCAUACUGGGCCGUAAAUCUGGAAGACAGGAACACGACUUCGACCAACGGGCCGCAAUCCAUCGAUUCCGCACGGCAGCUGUCCCGUUCAAUCCUACUGCAACGCUGAAUGACAAAACGGCGGAUGUUAGACUUCCCAGCGAAGACGACUUCACAUCUGGCCCUGCUGAUCCAUCAUCAGAAAGCCCCAAAAGGCCGUUCCCUCACCACCAGUCUGCAUCUGUUCAUGCGAAUGCAGUUCCUCGCAGCAUUAACUCUCAAGGGACAAGAUCAUCAUCAAUUUCGCCUGCGUCGAUUCGAGUGAAGUCGAACAAAAUUGGGCACUCCAAAAUGUCCACUCGGUUCAUAACUGAGCAACUUUACGAAGAGCUUCGACGCCGAAGGUAUCUUGAGAACUCACAAAUGGACGAGUCACGCGUGCAUUCAGGAUCUCUUCCAAGGGUAGGAUCACUGAUUGUCUCCGGUUUUCCAUUUACGCUCUCUGUUCUCAAUCAGUACCAUUCACUCGUGCCACUUGAUGAUUUUUCUUUGAAAAACUCUGCGCAUGCGUUUGGUCUCCAUUCAAUCUUGCUCAGAGGUAUAAGUUCUGUUGAUGGGAUGCCUUACGCUCUCCGACGUCUUCAUCAUCGCUAUGUUGUUCCGAGCGCAGAGCUCACUUUGGCUGCACGGGUUGCCGUGGAUCGCUGGAGUCGUUUGGUUGAUCAUCCACACAUAGCGGCUCUUCACGGAACUUUUGUGAGCGCAGAUAUGUGGGAUACACCCGCGUUGUUCUUCGCACAUGAAUACCAUGCUGGUGCUGUUUCUCUUGAAUCGGUGCAUUGCGGGGAGUCGGAUGAUUGCUUGGCCGCUUCGGAAGCUGAGAUAUGGAUGUAUGCAUCUCAGCUUUGUUGUGCCCUGAAAGCGGUGCAUGAUAUAGGAUUGGCGGUGGGGGGUUCAGCAUCGCUUGCUCCUAACAAGCUUCUUCUAUGUUCAAAAGGUGCAUUCGUAGAUGGUCCAGGAGGCGCACACGGAUGUCGGAUCCGCUUGGCAGCAGUAGGCGUCAUCGACGUUUUGCGACCGGAAGCUGUCGGGUUACAUGGAGGGCGGGCGCGCACUAUUGCGCAGCGCGAUGACUUAAGAGCAGUCGGUAUUUCGAUGGCCAACAUUCUUUGUGGGUCAGUCAAUCUUUCAUCUGCUGAUGCCCUCGCCAUCGCGAGUCGCCGUUGCUCCCCCAUGCUGAAUCGUGUUAUCAUGGGACUCGUCUCUGGCGGUAUUGCUGAUAGCAGUACUUUUAGCCAAAUGCUAGUCCCCAUUAUAUUCGAUUCUCUUAAGUUUGAACGCGCACUUUGUGAUCAGCUGAAGUCAGAGCUCGCCAAGGAGUUAGAAAAUGGCCGCCUUCUACGAUUGCUUAUUAAACUGACGUUCAUAAACGAGCGUCCAGACGGUGACAUGGAUCCUAAUUGGGCUGAAACUGGUGACAGGUACAUAUUGAAGCUGUUUCGAGAUUUUGUGUUUCACCAACACGACAACGAUGGGAACUCUAUUACUGACUGGGGCCACGUUUUUGAGUGUCUAAACAAGCUAGAUACUGGCGUCGCGGAGAAGGUUUUACUUGUAUCUCGUGAUGAGAUGUCCAUGCUUGUUGCAAGUUACGCUGAUAUUAAGCGAUGCACUGAAGUAGCUUAUGCAGAGCUAAUCAUUGAAUCCAAGCGAGUUGAUAGAUUUUGAUAAGCAAGCGGUCUGAAAAAAUCGUGCACGCGUGAAGUUCAAAGCAAAAGAUACAUUUUUAUUGAUGGUUUUCGAGUUUAAUCUUGAGUUUCAGCUGAGGGUUUCCAUAGCGUUCGGGUGGUUCUCGUGCUGCGGACAGAGCAUUCUUUAUUUGAAACUUUGCCACGUGUUAAUAUGAGUUCUUGCGAGCCUGGCAUCAACGAUUUGGCUGAAGAGUGUGGCAACCAAAACCGACGAACCGAUAGUGGGAACAAUUACAUUAUCCCGGUCACUCAUUCCCCGACAAUCAUGCCGAAACCAAACUUGUGGUUUUUGUUAGCAUGGUCAAUUUCAGCGGAGUAGCACAGGGUGAAGCCAGUAUUUAGGCGCUCCUCAAGAAACACCGAGACUGUACCUGAGUUGUCAACACGACCUCGGAGACGGCUUUGUCGGAGAAUAUAAUCAUAUCCAACGCUCGCUUGCGCUUGACGCGCAUUCCAAUUCCACAUAAAAUCGCUCGCUAGCAUAGCUUUCUCACUGACCUUGCUCGUGUAUGUUAAAGAAACAAGACCAGUUGUGGCCACCUGCGCAGUUGCCACAGAUCUGUUGUCUGCAUAUCUUGCGGCCAAACCAACGCCCGACUUCUUCUGACCGCCAAGCCAAAAGGCCUCACCGCCAAGGGAAAGGGUGCCUGUCACACUCUGGAGGUAGUUGAGACCAUAAAACUGU